CUUUCGAAAGGGCCGAUUCGUAGUGAUCCGUGGCUACCAUCCCCUCUCCAUCGACGCCUCCCCCCUUCUGCCACCGCCUUGUCGCUCCGGGACCUCCCGCCGGGCGGAAUUUAUUCGCCGGCCAUCGUCAUUCCGGCCUCCCCUUCGCCCCCCGGCCGCCGACGCCCGAGGUUUUCCCAUCAGUCGGCGGAGGAGCUGACCCGAAAAAGGGAGUAAAACCUCGCGUUGUCGGUCACACAUAUCUCGCCGGACGUCAACACCCGGAGGUUAUCCGAGAAGAGGAAGCAGUCGGCUGGAAAAAGAGCCUCACAACACCCCUUUCUCGUCCAAACCCCCCCAACCCCAACAACAGCAGCAGCAGCCGUCGAUCUUCCAGACGCCCCAACAAAUGGCCUUCUCCUUCUCUACUCCCUCUCAGCCCCAACAGCAGCAGCAACCGUCGAUCUUCCAGACCCCCCAACCCCAACAGCAGCAGCAUCCGUCGAUCUUCCAGACCCCCCAACCCCAACAGCAGCAGCAUCCGUCGAUCUUCCAAACCCCACAACUCCAGCAGCAGCAGCAGCAAUUCUCGCCGUUCCCUUCGUUUGGGCAGCAGCCGCAGCAGCAGCAGAACGUCCAGUUCCAGCAGCAGCAAGCUGCGUCGAUGCCGUCACAGCAGUUGUUGCUCUUCACAGUGGAUCGGUCACCCGCGGGGUAUAAUACCAAGUGGGAGGAUUUGCAUCCUGAUUCGCAGAAGCUUCUGCUACGGAUCGAGGAGCGGAUUCUGGAGUACAAGUAUGAGAGCCAGAGAUUGGAACAAUGUAGCCGACUUUAUGAUUCAUCAGUGUCAAGCGACAGUUUUGAGUUUGACGCUAGUCGUAUUCUUCAGGAACUUGGAGGUAUCACUACUGCAAUUGAAAGAGAGAAGGUCUCAGUGCAAGAACUGAUGAAGAACGUGAAUGAUAUGAUGUGGCAUACAGAAUUUGCUGUCCGUUCAUAUAUGAUGCUUAGGCCAAGGUUUCUUCGUCAAAAUGUCCCUGCUGCUUCAGGCGUUGGUCCAACAAGUCAGACUGUUGGUGUGGCCGUAACUUCUGGCCAAACUAGUCAACUGAUGACCAGCUCCAUAUCACCAAGUUUUGAUUUCUACAGUGGGAUUCCAAAAAGACCUUCUCUAUUCAUGCACCAUACUGCUGCCAGAUUUGAGAAGUAUCUCACUGAGUGCUGCCAGUGGAUUGAAGAACUAGAGCAGCUGCUCCUGAUGGAUACUGACAAAGCCACUUCAAGCUCUUUAGAAGCUCUUCCAACAGUCAUGUCAAAUGUGCAUGAUUACUUCAUCCAUGUUGCUGCCAAGGUUGAGAGCCUCCAUCAAUAUAUUGAGUCUAUGAAGAUGGCUUAUCUUGCUGACCAGCGGCGUCGGGGUGAUGGUAACGAUCCAUUUAUUGAGGCCAACAGAAGGGAAGCAGCUAAACAAGAAGCUGCUGCCAGAAGAGUUCAUCCAACAUUGCAUUUAGCUGCAAAUUCUGCACAACCAGCGACCCAAGCUGCUGGUAUAUUUGCCAGCUCAGCAGUUUCCUUAUCGAGUGCACCACAGUUGUCUUCAGGGACUACUGCUGUAUCUUCCAGUGGUGGAUUUUCUACUUAUAGCGCGUUGCCUGCUCCUUCUACCUCUGCUUCAUCUUCUUUUCUCUUUUCAACUCCAACAGCAUCUGUUCCAUCAUCUACCCUGUUUGGCUCCUCUGGAUUUACACCUCAAUCAACUCCAUUUGGGACUGCCUCCUCUACACCUUUAUUUGGGUCUGCUCAGACUCCCUCAGGGUUUGGAACUAGUACCCCAUCUUUCGCAUCAACUCCUGCUGCGGUUUCACUGUUCGGCCCACCAUCAUAUGGCACAGGCGCCCCAGCUGGUUCGGGUGCGAGCUUUGGUGCUGCAUCUAAGUCAUCUAGGCCUAAGUCUCGUACAGCCCGGCGCUGAUUAAUCCAGGAGGGUGUCUGAUCUUAAAACCUUGUUACAGAAUUUUUUGGGCCUUAGCAGUUUAUGCACCACAUCGAGAUGAUUAUUGUACGAAGUAGAUGUGCACUAAUUAUUCUUGAUAGGUUCUGGGCAUGUUUUUCUUUAAUUUUUUUUUUCAGCAUCAAACUUGUAAGUAACCUUAUGUCAGUGCCACGUAAACUUUUUUUCCCCCGGGAAUGAGGUUGCAUGAUAACAAUGUAUUUAUCUGCUGCAGGUGUCAUAAAAUAAUAUCAAUUCCUCCAAUACUUGUCAUAAAAAACAACAUAAGUACUUUUUAGUACUUGUAGUUAGCAGAUGUGAGAUCUCAAGGAAUCUGCAGAUUUUCUACCAAGGCCAUUUGGUUAACGGAAAUGGAGUGAAUUCAUUCCCGUUGGACCCGAUUCAGGUUUGAGCCAUUUUGUGAUUUUAAAGCAGGUUUUGCUUGCAUUUGCUUUUAAAAGUACCAUCUGUUGCAAGUUGGGCAGCCUAGCAGUCGCAACCGAUGGAUUUGGUUGGGAGCAUAAUUUUUCUGUGAACAAUUGCAGUGACUUUCUUGAAUGGUAAAAUUCAUUAGAAGGCCAUGUAGUUUGGAAGCUGUUUAUUGAUGUUACAUGUACAGGUAGAUGCAUCUAACACUAUUGAUGCAUCUUGUUAUGUAAUCACGAAUAAUAAUUUUGAAUUAUGGCAUCAA